AUGGCAUCUGCUUUUUCUGAGAUCAACACUGCUCGCAAGGGUAUCGACGUGAACGAGUUAAUAGAAGGUAAAGAAAGUGAAACGAGGAAAAUUCCCCCGCGAAAGAAAAAUAUUCACAAAGAAUCGAUGGCAUCUGCUUUUUCUGAGAUCAACACUGCUCGCAAGGGUAUCGACGUCAACGAGUUAAUAGAAGGUAAAGAAAGUGAAACGAGGAAAAUACCCCCGCGAAAGAAAAAGAUUCACAAAAAAGAAACAGCAGACAAGAGCUCCGAGUUAGAUGCUGGAAAAAAAAAAAAUUUAGAGGAGCAGUGGAAACAGAUCGUCACCGCCCUCGAAGGAUCCGCCGCGGCCGCCUUGCCCAGUUUGCUCGGCCUUGCCGCAGCAUUCCUUGCCGUUGCAGCAGCGCUGUGA